AAAUUAACUAGGGGAAGAAGUUUCUCAGAUAGCGAUUUGGAGGAUUCAUUUAUGACUGCAGAGCAGAAAGAAGAACUUGAACGUUUAAAACAACACAUUUAUGAAACUAAUUCAAGGAGAAAAAGCAGCAAAAAAAUCAACGGAAGGAAAUCUGAUCUAUCAUCUAACGGUUGUACUGGUAAACAUUCGACCACGGAAGGAAUUAUUUUUCCUGUUCUGACAGAGAAGUCACUCAAGCGUCACUCUAAAAGUCACGAAAUGGUAAACUGGAGCACUGCUCCGAAAUCACUUGUUUUGGUCACGAAUGGAAUGGAUUCGAAAAAAACUAUUUCUAGUAAGGCAAGAGCCUCUGUCACUAAAGACCCAAACUUACAUGUUGAUUCAGCUGAUUAUAUGAUAGAAACAGACUUUUCUGAAAGUGGAACUUUAAUGAACGGUGAAUCAAACGAAUUAUCUAUCAUGCCAUCAGCAACAGUACAUUCAUCAGAGAAUCUUAAAAAACAGGAUUUAACAAACAGAUUAUACUUCCCAACUCCACCGACAAGCGAGGAUGGCGAUUUCUCCGAUUCUUUUCCUGGAGUCAGAGACCGGUUACGAGCACGAUCCGAACCUGGUGACGUCGGCAGUCGACGAACCUUUCCGACUUUUAAGCAGUUUCAAAGUCGAGAGAGGUCAGAAAGCGAUGCCUUAAAAGCGAAAGUUCAAUCGUUCAUAGAAAAACCACUUCCAAACCUUCCUCACACGACACUACGGGCGAAAAAGUCUUCGAAUGAAGCAAAUGCUAAAUCAGGCCAUUUUAAAACGGGAAGUGGCGCAAACAUUGCUCCAGAACCUCGACGCAGAAAAGAAGGUGUUAUUAACAUUCACACUUGUCCUAACUUAAACUUAUAUUCUGAUCGAUCCUGGAUGUAUCAGGGUAAAUCUAGCAAGAAACAUCGGUACAUCAGAGGACCAGCCACACCUGCCCCGCCUGUAGAGUCGGUUUUUAGUGAGGAUAACUAUAAACAUGGUAGUUCCUAG